AGAAUAUCAGUCCUAAUAGUAUUAAUGUUUCUCCAAAGAGUUCUGGUAGAUGUCACAAUAUACGUAGUGACGCAUGUACCAACUCAAAACUAACGCGCGGCUCGGCAAAAACUGCCGUGUAUGAGACGCGUUGUUUGCAUACUGUUUGGUUCACAUUCCUUCUCUCCUCCAUGGCACUUUCACAAGCUGCAAGUCGUUUCCUGGUGCCCCUUGGCGUGGCUUUUGUCGCCGUCCAAGCCAGUAUCUAUGAUGUGCCAGGCGGUUUCCGAGCAGUCAUGUUUGACCGCUUUUCUGGUGUAAAAGACAAGCCUACUGGUGAGGGCACCCACUUCCUCGUCCCAUGGCUACAGAGAGCAAUCUUGUAUGACUGCAGGAUUAAACCCAGAAAUAUCUCAACAACUACCGGCUCAAAAGACUUGCAAAUGGUCUCCAUCACCCUUCGUGUAUUGUCCCGACCGGACGUAGAGCAUCUACCCCGCAUUUACCAAAGCCUCGGCAUGGACUAUGACGAACGUGUUCUACCUUCCAUUGGAAAUGAAGUUCUCAAGAGUAUCGUGGCACAGUUUGAUGCUGCUGAAUUGAUUACGCAACGUGAGGUGGUCUCGUCAAGAAUACGUGCAGACUUGCUACAACGUGCCGGCGAGUUUAACAUCAAGCUGGAGGAUGUAUCCAUCACCCAUCUGACAUUCGGGAAGGAAUUCACCCAGGCUGUUGAAGCCAAGCAAAUAGCCCAGCAAGAUGCCGAGCGAGCCAAGUUCAUUGUCGAAAAGGCCGAGCAAGAGCGUCAGGCUGCAGUCAUCCGUGCUGAAGGUGAGGCUGAAGCAGCAGCGACUAUUUCAAAAGCGAUGGAUAAGGCUGGGGACGCAUUCAUUGCGCUUCGUAAAAUAGAGGCAAGCAAGGCGAUCGUGCAGAGCUUGGCUGGGAAUGCGAACGUGACAUAUAUUCCAAGCAGUGGAGUUCUUUUGAACGUACCUACAAAGUAGUUUACUAUGUAGUAGUCAUUGACAAUGUUCUUUGAAUCGGCGA